GAAUAAACUUAUUUGAAAUGCACAUUUGGUAACGAGUCCAGUCGGAGAAGCGUCGUUUUUAGAAGGCCGUUGAUCCAACUUUCCCUGCAGCUCCUUCCCUGUGUGACAGGUAGCUGGGUGCCGUAAGUUCCUGAUCUUGAACCUUGCUCGGGAAGAGCGCGUGAGAAAGCUUAGAAUCGGACUGCACGAAAUAUGGCGAGCACAACCGUGAUUCAUCAACCAGGACUUAGCUACCAAAAAGAGUAUUCCGGCUCAGUUCAGUACAUCGGUGGCUAUGACGAAGGAGACGAUGGAGACGUUUUUUCUCCUCAGAAAAAGGGAGCUGACAACGGGCAGCCAAUUCCGAUGGGCUUGGAGGUGUUUGAGAAUGUCAGCAAGUUAGUUGCCCAUCAAAAUGUGGCCGACGAUGAAGGUAAAAAACAGUUUAAUUGUUUCACGCCUCGUGCUCUGUCUUUUAACAUGCUGCACACCGAGAGGCCGUGGUUUCAAUCAAAGAAUCUACAAACCAAUAAAAGCGACUGAAUUAUAAAAAUCUUCCCUGAUCACCGAGAAGUUCCCUCAGCAGGUUAGCUUACGACAGACAGUUGUUGUUUAGGUUUCAGUGAGUACAUUGGACGUUAAUGUCGAGUUUCACGGCGGUUAACGCUCGAUGUUGUGCCUAUCUAACGACAAAGAAUACAAAUCAGAGCUAAAAUUAGCUCGGACGACAGAAAAUCAAAUAAGUCCUUGUCCUGCUAGCAAUUUAAAUUGAUUUUGUACGACGCGCUGGCGUGAUACGAAAGUUCGAACAAUUUUGGAUGAUCUACACGAACCAGUCGCCCAAGAAUGAACAUUCAUGCAAAGCAUUUCUUAUCUGGGAUCUGAGCGGACAUGAAUCACGCCUUUUAAAAGUGAAAUGUUGCGGAAAGGCACUUACGCAAGCAUUUUCACUUCCAAAAGAGCUUAACAUAGUUUGCAAGCAAAACGGACCACGAGAAAAUUAGUCGCGCCGACUCGAUAAGUUUAUUUCAAACGGAAACAUUCCUUUAAUAAAUGGAGACCUCACAAGUGACGCCGUACUGUUGCAAAUCAAUUUGUCAUAGUUUCAAGAAUCACAUAAUGUAUUUAUCGAACACAACUCUCUUUUUUCUAAUGAUCUUCAAGGAUUUCGUAAAUCAGAGGUAAAUACGAGAUAUAAAACGUCAGGUACGCAUCCGUGACAAGACGGUAACAGUACACCCCGAAAUACGAAUUCUUUCUAACAAAGUGUCGAUUCAUUUGCUUCAAAUUAAAAAUGCUGAUUUCGAGCGAUAGCAAUUUUCAAAAUUUUAACAUAUUUGUUUUCAUGGGAUUCGCGUGAGUUGAACAUUACAAAUCUCAACUCCAUUUAAGUUAAGAGAUCAGAAUAUGUUUUAAUCCAGAGGCAAAUAUAGCUUAUUCUAUCCGUUACUUUUGUAUAUUCCUGUUUGAAAUUUACGGUGCUGCAAAUAAACGAGCGUUUGGAUUAUGAGUUAACUGUUUGCGCUUGGAUAGAAUUCAGGAAGUUUAUAAGACUUUUGUUUAGCUUUCGCUAUUUAACUUUAGUCGUUUAGUUUUCCAGCCUCUUACAAUACUUCUCAUAAGAAAAAAGCUGUCUCAUUCAAGGCCGUCUGCAUAUGCUAAUAUAUAUAAAUUAGGUUUCUAACUCGCGUGAAGUUUAAUAAUGUUGUAAACACUGUUGCUGUUUUUGUUGUUGCUGUUUUAAAUUGUACAUUCUGAUAUCAGCUGUCCUCGGGGAAACUAUAUUGUUACAAAACUCGUAUUUCUCCAGGACAUAUUUCAGACAUAUUGGUUGCAUGAGUUAAGAGUGUUCAAAUGAGUAAUUUUCUUCUUAUCUUCAUCGACAUGACAGAUGUCAAAUUCCCUGACAUGUCACUUAUCAUCGGUUACGAGUAUGUGGAAAACUUGUUAUUAACAUUUUGGGUCAGAAUACAUGUCUUAUACAAAAUAAACCAUUAUGUACAAUUCACAGAAUAAGACAGCUAUAAGACAGAGGGGUCUGUCUUAUAGCUUUAAGAACUGACACAAAUAUUCACAUCUUAAUUUUGAUAAGUUUCCUAAAGCCACAUAAUCAACCAAACAUCAAAGGUGGUUUUUUUAACCUUUCACUCUAUUUGUUUUUUCCUUUUCAACUGUCAUUGGGUCUAAUAUUGAAAACCAAAUACAAAACACAAAAAACAGAUCAAGAGACAAGUAUAACCUUCACUUCAUUCAAUUGAAAUAUUCCAUUCCUCACUUUUUAAGUGAAAGAACUAAUACAUACCCAUCACAUAACAAAAGUUCUAUGCCAUUUAAUCAAAAUGUAUUUACUAAGCAUUCAUUAUUACUUAAAACCUUAUAAAUAAUUUGCUAUAGGGCACAGACUUAACUGUGGAAAUAUAACAGCAACUUUUCAUUCCCAUAGUAAGCUAAAUAUCUGUAGGAUAAAUUUUGUGUUUGGUUUUUGAGUGGUCUCCAUUGAUUUCCUCACAGAAAUGAAGAUGGAUUAUCCUAACUCUACCCCACAACUGUUUCAUGAGGUGCAUCUUUAAAACUAUGCAUUUUAACCUUACUCACUGUUUACACUGCAUAUCAAUUUCAGCCUGGUGGGGUCGUAUGGACUUUAGCAUCAAAGACGGAGCUGGAAAUCAGCUGUUUGAUGUCAAAGAAAGUAAGUUUAGUGUAUAAAUGGGGUUAAGUUUCUAAAGAGACUACUGCAUUGCAUUGGGAGGGGGGGAGGGGGUGAACUAAUUAAUUUGUAAUUUAAUGAGUAAUUUGGUUUUAUCAAAUUUAUCAUUCAAUUCAUAUCCUCAACUCAGUUGAUGAAACCAAAUUUUCUUGUAAGUUCAACUGUGCCUGUGAACUGUAAAUAGAGAGAUGAAUGUAUCCAUCAUCUCACUGGUAGCUUCCUCUCUCCUCUUACAUCAACUUAAACUGACAGAAGAAUUGCUUCUGGCAGUUGUUUUCUUGGCAUAUUUUCUAAUCUAUUUUCAACUGUAGCUUAGUAGUUAGCAUUCUAAUUCAUGAGUGGUGUGAUGCACCAAAACACAAAGUCAAUAUAUGGAUUUCUGAGGGCAAUUCAAAAAAAAUUUGGAUUUCACUUUGGAAUCUCAGAAUGAAAAAAGCAGUAAAAUUUUUUGUUCUUGGAGAACACUUUUAUCUCCUUCAAAGACUUCAAUCAAGUUCAAGCUACUUCACAUUUAGAUUAAGAUCCCCAGAUUUCUUUUGCAUUAGAGCUGAUAAGAAGCAAGACAAAAUCAAUCAUCAAAUCCUUAACCUCAGUAAGUAAUAAGCAAGUAAUCUUUCUCCCAACAGUAUCACCCAUGAAGCAGACAUUGAGGUCAUGAGAAUAAACAAAACGAUUGUGAACUCAAGAGGUUCUUGAUUGUUACAAAAAUUAUCCUCAAAAGUUCCAUAAGAAAUGUAUAAUAAAAAGGAUGAAGAACCUGCAUACUGAUGUUAGAGAUUUCAAAAACCUUAACAACAGGAAAGGCUCAUGUUCUAUUUUUUGUUUACAAGAGCAUGCUGUGCUGCUUCUCAUUUCGUUCACUGUCUAUCACUGAAUACUAGAUAGCAAGAGGUGUAAAAUUGAGCUAGAUUUCAGUAUUAGGUAAUCAUUAUUUGUGACAUAGCCUUACUUUAUGGUUACUUUUAACCUUUCACAGUCAAAACACUCAAUCCCUGGAUUCAAGCAUUCCUUGGCAAUUCUAGACCUUACUACAUGAAAGUCAUCAACACUGCUACAAGCAGCUGGAUAAUGGAACUUGAGCAUCCAUUUAGCCUCAACAGUCCUGCCUUCUGUCCUUGGGUAGCCCCUUCGAUGACUGUACGUAUGCCUACUGGGGAGGUUCUAGGACACAUCAAACACGCGUAAGUUUGCUGCCUGUGUUGUUGCUUCCUGUGUUAACAGCAUUAAAACAAAAUUAGUAAAUCACAUAAAAGGAAAUUCAUAAUGGUAAUAGGAGCAAGUGGAGUCCAAUUCGGUCUGUAAUCAUACAAGUGAUAAACAAAAUCCAACAACCUUGAAGCAGUAGUCCAAUUUGUUAAUCACAAUUACAAUUAGACAAAAUUGGACAACACAUAGAGCUGUUACCAAUUAAUCAAAACUUUGACAAAAUUUGAGAAAGAAUCCACACAUCCAUUAUGGGUUUUCAUUAAAAAAAAAAACAGAUAACUCAGUGAAAUACAGGACAACAGUGCGCUCACAUGACACAUUCUGUCCACUUGCACAAGCAUGACAUGUUAACUGUCUUAUUACACUGUCCAAUUACAAGCAUGAUGCCUACACUGUCCUAUUGGUGCUCAAAUCGCGAUGGUGAUAACCCAUCGUGUUCAAGAAUUUGAUAUAGUUUUGAUUAAUAACAAUUUUAUUGCAAGAAAAAUUCACUGAUUCCAAUAUCAAGAUACCAAUUGCUUGAGUUUAUCUUUCUCUCAUUUACAGGUCCAGAGAAACUCUUGGCAGCUGUUUGGGACCCUCAUAUUAUUUUGAUGUUUACAACUAUGAAGGAGAUCUCAUUUACAAGGUGCAAGGGCCUACAUGCUACCCUUUUGAGUGCAAAAGAGAUAACGUUGCUGUUUUUAAGGUGCAAUUCAUAAUCUUCCUUCCUUUUGUUUUGUUUGUUUGUUUGUUUGUUUUAAAUUUUUAAAAUAAUUCCUGUUAAAUAUUUAGCCACGAUGCAGUUUCUUUUAAAAACUAUCCAUGCUAUAUUAUAAAGCAGAGUGUAUGUGCAAACAGUGGGUUUCAACAAAAAGUAUUUUUUUCAUUUAACCCUUGACACCCUAACAUCAGUAUGCAUACUCUCCAAACUGUUCUCUACACAUUUCCUAAGGUGCUAACAAGGAGAAAAUGUUCCAUAAUCAAGAGGUUCUUUAGUUGGUGAUAAUUUCCCCAGUUUGUUCUUGUGAUGGUCAUGUGAUUGUAAGGAGAAAUUAAAAGCUAUAUGUAGUCACUCUUUUGGGUCAAAUGGUUCAAAAGGGACAAUUUUUUUAACAGCUUUAAUUUGUUUUGUGAGUUUGUUUGAACUUACUGAAUCAAAAAGUACAUGUAAUAAGGGAUCUGUUUAUUAUUCAACUGUUAGAUUUUGAGAGAAGGCCCCAAAGCAGAAUCAGAACACCAACAAAUUGGAGAGAUCACACACAACUGGCGAGGUUGCUGUGGAGGUAUCUGCAGCUGUUGUAUCACCGGAGAACCAGACUUUGUCAGCAUCUCAUGUAAGCCACUUACAGUAUUGUGCUAAAGUAAUGCAAACCAAAAUUGCCAAAUUUUAUUUAUUUUUCUUUCAAAGUUUAUCCAACUUUUUCUGCGAAAAGUUGGUGGGAAGAUUCCCACCUGCAUUUUGCAUCAUUUUGUCAGAACAAAGAGCAUUUUUAACUGGAAUUUUUGUUACCAAAUGAAAGUUUGAAAUGUACUUUACUGUAUAGAGUUCUUGUACUUAUUUUAGCUGUAUCAGCUUAAGAAGAACCAAUACACUCUUUACCAACAAGUGUGCAUUUAACCUCUCAUGUACUGGUAAAAUGUCAGGAAAUUUGUACCCAAUAACAUCUUAAUUCUAAUCUUAGUGUUUUAACUCCCAAGAUCUGAUUGUUAAUUCUCCCCUCUUGUUGCUACAAAUCUCUUUGUAACUUAAACACAGUGUUAAAUCAAGAUAACAACUUGUACUUGACAAGUUUGAGUAUUCUCAAUACCUGUUUACUGGACAACAUAUUGAUAUAAUGGGAAGAAGUUUCAUGUCAACCACUUCUGGGAGUUUAAGGGUUUCAUGCUGAUAAAAUGACACCACUCUCACCCGUGACAUUUACAGUGUUGAUCUAUUGGCCCAACACUUCUUGACAAUUAAAUUUAACAUCAUUCCACAUUUCUCUCUUCUGAUUUCAGUCAUGUUGGCUAUGUCUGCAGAAGAUAAGGCCCUGUUUCUUGGAUUGCUCUUUUUAGUGGUAAGUAUUCACCGGUCCAAAAAGGACAAAAUUGUGUAAGUCGCUCUACUUGAUUUUUCUAAGCUAAUUCUCUCAACAUCCAUUGAGGCUAUAAUGCUCUAUUCAACGAUACCUCUGAAUAUAUCCUUUAAAAAAACCUUCCCGUCCAGAAGGAACUGAGUAAAUAACAAACAUUGAAAGGAGAACACCUCACCUUUCUCAGGGUCCCCAAUGUCUCGAUCUUCUUGCUUAUAUGUACCUCAGGAACCUGGGUAGGAAUUGCUAGGUUGCCUCUCCUCCAAAAUUUGGAAUAAGGGUGGAGUGGGUAAAACGUGUCAUUAUAAACUCACAUUUUUUUUCCUCUCUUUCAUUAGAUGCAUUGUUAUAUGGAAGUGCAGUAAAAAACACAGCUAAGUCGACAUUCGUGACACAACUGCAGAGUAGAAUUGAAUCAUCAAUAGCUUUUAUGGAUUAUUGUGUAAUUAAGCCCAAUGAGCAUGUUUCGCUAACGGAACAAAUAAUUCAAUGCUUAUUUCAACUUUUUUAUUUGUAGUUGCUAGUUUUAUUUUACAACUCUCUAUGUUUUUUCCCUCCAUUCGCUGUUUCAGUAGAACCAUGUUCUUCUGACUUCCAGCAUUAAAGCCUUUGUUAUCAAAUAAUCACAAACUAUAUUAGUUUUCAAUCUUCUCAGUAAGAUUUUUCGCUGUUGAUUCGUUUACAAUGUCACUACUGUCACCGAGCCACUUAAACACAAUUAACCAAUCGCAUCAUAGGAAACGAAAAAUGAUUCCAACUAAAUUCAGUGAAACCAACCAGUGUUUAGGAUCAAAGUAAGAGAAAGUGAAAAAAGAAAUUAGAUGGGAUUCAUCAUAGUUUGUUUCUUGUGAUGGGAUCAGCCAGUUGCGAACGGGUGACCUGGGCUGAGAGAGAGGUCAAGGUGUAACUCUGCUUCUCCCUUAAGGCUCAUACAUGUACGUUGUACAUAACCAUACGAGAGUUUUCCCCGUAGAAUUUGAAAGUUCCCUCAGUUUGAGGAAAGAAAAAGGAAACUUACAGUUAGGAUUACAAAUAUACCCCAUAUUUUAAGGUUCAAGGCGUCAAUGACGAUUCUUAGAGCUCAAUUUUAAGUUUGAAAGGGAUAUUUUAUUCAGGGUGUGUAGUGUAGCCGUCAAAAAUAUUCGUCCGGGGGUAUGACGGAAUCGCGUGAAAUAUCAAGCAUAUUUCUGUGCAGCCGUACGCCAUCCAACCCCUAAAACCAUGAAAACUGAAGGAAAUAACGCUUGGCACUUUUGCAUUCAGCGAAAACGGUUUACUUACUGGUAUCGCGUUAUUCGCUCGUUUGACUAUUUUCAACGUCAUUUUGGAAGACAAGUUCUCUUAGCCCUUAAAAGUAGAUUUUUCUCGAGAUUUCUUCAAACUAUGGACAAUUGGUGACAGUUUUUAAUGGUUUACCAACAAUAAUUUUAUAUAUCAGCAUGUUUUUUUUGUUUUUGUUUUUUUAAUAUACAUUUCCGUAGAGAUGCUAUAUAGUUUACUUAACAUGAUAUUCUUAGACGCGUAUACGCUAUUUUUGUAUAGUGGACCAGGUCGUUCAUUUUAAAUACGGCCUUUUUUUUUAUCAUUCCUUUUCUGUGCCCGUAAGAAGAUGAAGUUACGUAGGUUCAGUAUGCGGGAGAUGGUCCUGUAAAUCAUAAAGGGAUGUGCCGCUGACCCUUUGAGUCGUGCCGUAGACCUGUUUCAGGAUGCGGCUAAAAUUGCGACUCUGUUUUAGACAAAACGCAAGAAAAGAACGAUGAAGUGCCGUUUCAGAUUACUGUCGUCGAAAAUUUCUUUAUUCUUUCAUUUGUACAUUAGUUUCUCAGACGUGUCUGAACGAGAAUAAGGGAAGAUUUGAAGAAGAAUUUACCCUUUCGAAACUAAAGGUAGCUAAACCCUUCGUUGAGAGAUGCAGAAUGAUUCUUAUAUCCUGUUCUUUGGUCAAAAAGGCAGAAAGCAUAGGCUGUCAGGAGGCGCAUACCGCCAUCUCCCGCAUAACUCAGAACUUGGAACAUCCAGCCAUACUUCACCUUCCGCGUCAACAACAUUCGCCACCUCUCAAUUCUAUUGAACCCCAUUGUAAAGAAUUCUUCGUACUGACUUGUGUUCUAUUCAUGCAUUCGCUAUAAUCCUAAUUAGGAGAAUACGUGAAAAAUAUAACUACCUAAGUUGAUAACUUUGUUAACAUCGUGAAAGUUAUAUUCAUAGCUGGUCACAUUGCAGUUAGGGAGAAUUCCAACACUUACAUCAGGCCCGAGUAACAAAGGAAAAUUAGUAAAGCUGUUUGAAAAAGAAAUUUCUUAAAAAUAUGAGAAUAAUAAUGAACUACUAUUGCCUUCGAUCGAGCAUGAAAAUGGAGAGAAGGGCUGGAGAGAGUUUUCCCCAAUACCUCGCUCCGGUUUUCGCUCGACCAUUUUCAUGAUUUGCUUAUAAGAGUGUUAUGCUGUUUCCCUUGAUCUACUAAAUAUAUAUAUAUAUCAGGAACUUGUACCAAAUCUUGCUUGCAUCACAUCAUAAUCGCUGUGCGUUUCCGUAUAGACGUGUGAAAGGAAACGUAAUACGCUCAUAACCAUUUUAAACAUUGAAGUGCAAUGCUGAAUAAUUUGAGGCAGCUCCUCAUUAGUUUUUAAAUGAAAGCGAAUUCUCAUAUCGCCUC